UCAUGCCGCAGGGCACCGACGCCGACGGAGACUUCGCCGAGCGCCCCGACGCCGACAUCCGCCACAACGAGGAGGAGCAGGUGGAGGACGAGGAGGUGUACCCGUGCACGGACGUGUGCCGCGCGGGCCAGUACACGUGCGUGAAGACGUGCGCCUGCAUCCCGCCGUCGUGGCGCUGCGACGGACACACCGACUGCGCCGAGAGCGAGGACGAGGACGACUGCGCGCCCGCACCCGCGCCCGGCGCCGCGCCGCCGCCCGACGAGAACGAGCCGACCACCGGGGAGUGCCUGCCGUCUGACCACCGAGUGCGCUGCCCGCACACCCGCAAGUGUAUCCGCGAGGACUGGCUGUGCGAUGGCGAGGACGACUGCGGCGACUUCUCCGACGAAACACAUUGCGCUUCCGAGAUGAACUGCACGGCGGAGGAGUUCCAGUGCGACAACGGCAUGUGCAUCCGCUCCUCGUGGCGCUGCGACGGCGAGAACGACUGCAAAGACUACUCUGACGAGUACAACUGUACGCGCAAGAACAGGUCGUGCCACGAGAACGAGUUCCACUGCACGGACGGCAGCUGCCUCUCUCUCACGUGGAAGUGCGACCUAGAGUCCGACUGCCCCGACGGGUCCGACGAAGUCGACUGCCCUGCUGUUGGACCUCUGGCUUGCGAGGAUGGCGAGUUCCUAUGCUCAACCCCUCGCUGUGUGAGUAUCGAGUUUCGCUGCGACGGAGACGACGAUUGCGGAGACUGGAGCGAUGAAGACGACUGCCCGGAGAUGGGGACCAGCUGCAGCCCUGGAGAAUUUAGGUGCAACAGUGGCAAAUGCAUCCCAGACCGCUGGCAGUGCGACGACGAGAAGGACUGUGAGGGAGGAGAAGAUGAAGAGUCCUGUGCUGAGAAGAAACCACGCACUUGCGCCCCUGAUGAAUUCUCCUGCAGUUCUGGAAACUGUAUUUUGAAAACCUGGGUCUGUGAUGGAGUGCCUGAUUGUUCUAAAGGAGAAGAUGAAGCUUUAUGUGAAAUUACAUGUGAAGAGAACCAGUUUCGCUGUGAGAACAUCACUUCUGCCAAUGAUACAUCAUCCUCAAGAAGUUCUGUUACUUGUAUCAACCGUAAGCAUAUGUGCGAUGGCAAGAGAGAUUGUCCUAAAGGAGAAGAUGAAGAAAACUGCCCACAGCGAAGAGAAUGUGAACUACGUUCAAGAUGUGAACACCUCUGUGUUACCAAUGCAGAUGGAAGCAAAGGGUGUGCCUGUCGCACGGGCUACGCUCUCAGCAGUGAUCACUACAGUUGUCAUGACAUUAAUGAGUGCCUGUUUGAAACAGAUCCUGUCUGUAGUCAAACAUGUAAUAAUACUAUAGGGUCAUUUACAUGUGGCUGCAUGACUGGCUACAUAUUGCGCCCCGAUGGCCGAACAUGCAAGGCUAUGGGUGCUGCACCAACGUUAUUGUUUGCCAAUAGAGUUGACAUUAGACAGGUUAGUCUCAACAAUGCUAAGUUCACAGCAGUGUUGAAAGGCCUACACAAUGCAAUUGCUGUUGACUAUCACUACCAUAAAGGACUUAUUUUUUGGUCUGAUGUGUCAAUGGAUGUCAUUCGACAUGCAAGUCUGAAUGGUACAGGACCAGUAGAUGUCAUUCGAUGGGGUCUUGAGAGCCCUGGUGGACUUGCAGUGGACUGGGUGCAUAAUCUUUUAUUCUGGACAGAUUCUGAAACAAGGCGUGUGGAAGUAGCAACACUUGAUGGAAUUCAUCGUGCAAUCAUUGCAUCAAAUGACUUAGACCGACCACGAGCUAUUGCUGUGCAUCCAGGAGAGGCUUUCAUUUUUUGGACAGACUGGGGUCCAAACCCAAAAAUUGAACGUGCUGAGAUGGAUGGAAGCAGUAGACGAGCUGUCAUAAGUGAGUCCCUGUUUUGGCCAAACGGACUUUGCAUUGACUAUGCCAUGCGCAGAAUUUACUGGGCAGAUGCCAAGCAUCAUGUAAUAGAGACUUCAAAAUUUGAUGGCUCUGAAAGAAAAAAGGUUCUUACUAAAGGUUUACCUCAUCCAUUUGCUCUUACAUUAUUUGAAGAUGCUCUGUACUGGACUGACUGGAACACUAAAAGUAUUUCAACUGCCAAUAAACACACAGGAACUGGUCUUCGCACACUCCACUCAGGACUUCACUUUCCAAUGGAUAUUCGCAGCUAUCAUCCUCAGCGACAGCCACAGUACCGAAACAGAUGUAUGGGUCCUGAUGGAAAUUUUGCCUGUUCACACAUGUGCCUACCGAACAGAAGCAGCUACCAAUGUGUUUGUCCAAUGGGACUCAAACGGCAACCAGACGGGAGAACGUGUGAUGCAUCUCAGGAUGAGCUCCUACUAUUUGCAAGAAAGAAAGAUCUGCGAAUUCGUCAACUGCAUGCUGACAGCAACAACAGUGUAGAUAUGGUCAUUCCACUUGAUGGUGUUCAGUCAGCUGUGGCAUUGGCAUGGGAUUCUAAGACAGAUUCCAUUUUCUGGACUGAUGUUGAUGCAGAUACAAUAAGCAGAGCUCAUCUUAAUGGAAGUAAUGAGGUUGUUAUUGUAUAUUCUAAUUUAGAGUCUCCUGCUGGCUUAGCAAUGGACUGGGUUACCAAUAAAUUAUAUUGGACUGAUGCUGGCACUAACAGAAUUGAAGUUGCUAAUCUUGAUGGAAGUAUGAGGGCUCUUCUUGUUUGGGAAGGACUUGACAAACCUCGGGACAUUGUUGUUGAUCCCAUUGGAGGCUACAUGUACUGGAGUGACUGGGGUGAAGUCCCAAAAAUUGAACAAGCAGGAAUGGAUGGCUCAGACAGAUCAGCUUUAAUCACACAAAGACUUAUUUGGCCAAAUGGAUUAGCAAUUGACUAUGCCCGAGGUCGUUUGUAUUGGGCAGAUGGAGGAACAAAGGCUAUAGAGUAUGCUUCACUUGAUGGAAGUGGAAGAAGAGUUCUGAUAAAUACUGAUAUCCCCCAUCCCUUCGGUCUGGCUGUUCAUGAGAACAAAAUCUACUGGACAGAUUGGGAGACUGCAAGUAUUCAUAUGGCUGACCAGCUAACUGGCCAAAACAGGAGUGUUGUCAGAUCAGGAAUAACUGGAUUAAUGGAUGUUAGAGUAUUUCAUCGUAGUAGGCAAACAGUGCAGUCAUCCUGCCGUGUUAGGAAUGGUGGCUGCAGUCAUCUUUGUCUUCUGGCACCUGCACCGAGACGUUUCUCUUGUGCAUGUCCAAUAGGUAUCAAACUUCUGCCUGAUCAGAGGACAUGUGCCCAUGGUCCAACAAAUUCAUUGAUAUUUGCACAUCGUGUUGAUAUACGGCAGAUUUCUCUAGAUGUCCCAUAUGUAGUCGAUGUGGUUCUACCACUGCCACCUUUGAAGAAUGCAAUUGCUGUCGAUGUUGACAGAAAAACAGGUGAGAUAUAUUGGACAGAUACUGCAGAAGAUGUAAUCCAAAAAGCUACCCUUGAUGGAAGACGAAUUGAGACCGUUAUAUAUGAUGGUCUGGAGACAGCAGAUGGCAUAGUCAUUGACUCAACAGGAAGGAAGAUAUACUGGACUGAUGCAGGCCGCAAUAGCAUAGAAGUAGCGGAACUAGAUGGGCGUAACCGAAAAGUGCUAGUGUGGUCAGGACUGGAAUCUCCUAGAGCCAUAACACUUCAUUAUAGUAGAGGUCUUAUGUACUGGUCCGAUUGGGGCAAGAAUGCCAGAAUAGAACAAGCUGACAUGGAUGGGAGGAACAGGAAGACAUUGAUAUCAGAGGGACUAAUAUGGCCAAAUGGCCUUGCAAUAGAUCGCCCAGAAAAUCGUCUAUACUGGAAUGAUGGAAAACUCAAUACCAUUGAAAGUUCAGAUUUAGAUGGCAAUGAUAGACGUGUCAUUGUUAGCGAUGUCCCCCAUCCAUAUGGAUUAGUGAUCAUGGGGUCACAUAUAUAUUGGACAGAUUGGGAGACUGAGGCCUUACAUCGAGCUGACAAGCUAACAGGCUCUGGAAAUGUUAAAAUUAGAGAGAAGUUGGAAGGGCUAAUGGACAUAAGAUCUGUGCAGGUUGACAAUGUGGAGGAGAAUGCCUGUGGUCGUGCCAAUGGUGGCUGCUCACAUUUGUGCUUACGAAGGCCUGGAGGAUAUUCUUGUGCUUGUCCAACUGGCAUCCUUCUCAAUGAAGAUCAUCACACAUGUAACUCACCUCCUUCCACAUACCUCUUGUUUGCCACACGAAGUACCUUGGCAAGAGUCUCGCUUGAUACACCAGAGCUGUGGGAUGUUACACUGCCAAUACCAGAUGUGCACAAUGCCAUUGCUGUGGACUUCCAUUGGAAGCAUAAGAAGAUUUAUUACACUGAUGUUCAUCUGGAUGUAAUCAGGAGUGUGGACAUGCACAACCUCUCCAAUACAAGUGUUGUGGUAUCAAAAAAUUUGGCUACACCAGAUGGUUUGGUGGUUGACUGGAUAGCUGAUAACAUUUACUGGACAGAUGCUGGCAGGAAAGUUCUGGAGGUUGCAAAACUGGAUGGAACAUGUAGGAAAGUGAUAAUAAAAAAUGGUUUAGAUGAACCAAGGGCACUUGCAAUGUUCCCAAGGAAGGGGUACAUGUACUGGACUGACUGGGGAGACAACCCAAAAAUUGAAAGAGCAUUGCUGGAUGGUUCCAACAGAACAGUUGUUGUUGGAACUGAACUAGGUUUUCCCAAUGGUCUAGCUAUUGACUAUGCUGCCAGAAGACUUUACUGGGCAGAUGCUCUUAAGGAUAGAAUAGAAACAGCAGACCUGAAUGGUAGAAACAGAAUACAGCUUGUUCCUGCUAAAACACAUCCAUUUGGACUCACUCAGUAUGGUGACCAUAUCUACUGGACCGAUUGGUACAAGAAGUCAGUGGAGAGAGCUGAUAAGAAGACAGGUUUAGAUCGAAAAGUAAUUCGCAAAGACCUUGAUGGAGUAAUGGAAAUACGAGCUGUAGCUGCUGAGCGGCAACCUGGCUGGAAUCCUUGUGCAGUCCAUAAUGGUGGCUGCUCUCACUUAUGUCUUUACCGACAAAAGGAUUACAUCUGUGCUUGUCCUGAUAUACCAGAUGAUCGUCAUUGCUCUACAGUGCCCAGUGCUCAUGUACCAAACAAGAAACAGAAAGAAUUAAAUCCCCUUAUGGAUGUUGAGGAUUACACAGGAGAAGAUGAAGAUUAUGACAACAUACCUAUUUCUCCAGCCUAUCCAAAUGAAAAUGAUGAGCCUGGUAUAAAAGAUGGUGUGGAUGAUGAUUUAAAUAUGUUGGCAGGCACUGGAAGUGCAGAAAAACCAAAGGAGCAUGGAAUACCAUCACACAUUAUGAUUAUAAUAAUGGGCCUGUUCAGUUUGAUAGUACUUGCUACUUUGGCUAUGGUCAUACUGCUUUUAUUCCACCGACACAAAAAACAGAAGAAGUAUUUAUAUGCUACAGGGCGAAGUGUGCUGACAUUUUCUAAUCCGAAUUAUAAUGCUUCUAAUAUGGAUGUUGGAGCUAGUUCCCAUCCUGACAAAAAACCAUUCAUUUGGAAAAGACUCAAAUAUGACAAGUCUCAGGAACGAGUUUUUAAUAUUCAUGAUGAGAAACAAGCUACAGGACCUGAAGUGGUAUCACUGAUUCCGGCUGUUAUGGUACCAAGCAAUGAUGCUACAACACCAGAGCAUAUUGCUACACCUCCUCCAACACCUCCCCAAAGAUUAGACAGUAUUAGCUUGAAGGCUGGGUGACCAAUCUUCAGUAAAAUUUGUGUAAUGUUUUUGCAGGAGGAGCCAUCCAAUACCACAAAAUUAGGUAGGCCAAAAUGGUAUAAAUGUUUGUAAAACUGUCAGUUCUAUAAGAGAAAACAUAAUAAAAAUGACAAAUAAAAAGUCAUAUGUAAACAGUAAUGUAAAUAGGGCCCAGUUUACAAGCCCUUGUGACAAAUUCAGAAUAAGAAUGUGUAACAUCCAGCCUGUUAAUAAAUUGUUUCCCUAUAAUUAUAUGUAAUACUUAAUUUGUUGUUAUUACUUGACAGCCUUCCAUACAGAGUGAAAUACUGGAAUUUUAGAUAGUUACUGUACCAUACCUAAGACUGUAUUUGUGUUUGGUUUUGUAUUGUUUUUUAAAAUUAAAUGUGAGAUGAAAGUCACCAUAAUUUUUAUCACCAAGUAAAACCAAAUAUUUAUGUGUUUUUAAUUCUUUGAAUGUAUCAUAUUAAAAUGAUUUUAUUGUUGUUGACACUGGAAUCAUGCUCAAAAUGUUUGAAGGAAAACGGCAGAUGAAGAGUAAGAAUAUGAAUCGUUGGUGAGAAUGUUGUGAAUUAUGAUGAGAGUCUUGUGUAUAUAAUAGUCAAAUGAAGGAAGAGUAUUAAUGAAAGUAAAUAAAACUAAAAUUUUAUUGCAUGGAAGUUCCCCAUGUCCACCAGUUAUGACUGUCGUUUCAUACAAUAGUUAUCUCAUAAGUUUUGCAAAUGCAGUAUUGAUGUUCCUUAUUAUUUUUAACUCAUAACAAAGUAAUAAAAUGAAAAUAAAGUGUUUUUUGUAUUUAUCCUGUACAUACUUUUUAUAAAAUAUUGAAAUGUUAUAGGUAAUUAUGAGAAAGUUUCAAAUAGUUUUAUAUAUUUGCUCAGUUUUACUGAUAUAAUUAAAAUAUUUUGUUGCUGCUUUUCUUGCAGUUUGUAUGCUAGUGCAAAUAAUUGAAUAAGGAAAUGAUUUUUUUUAAAGAGAAUAUUCAAUUGAUACUGCGGAGAAUCAGAUUUUCAAUGUCUGCAUGUUUAUCUCAAAGUGAGAAUAUGUAAGACAUACAUUUUAUUCAAAAUAUUAUUUUCACUCUUUCUCUCAUUUAAUAAGUAUUAAUGUUUAUGAGGCUCCAAAUAUUGUCUUAAAAUUUUAUAGCUAUUUAUGCAAUUAUAAUUCAUGUUCAUAUGUUAAAUACAUUUUUAAAGAAGCAAUGCACACAGUAGUGAUUUAAACAAAUGUACAAUAUAUGCCAAAAAAUUAUUUUAUAUAAUAC